AUGGGGCUGUCUGUGAUCCAAGAGCAGCAUGAUGUCAUCCUCCAGGAGAUCAAGAACAUCACGCAAGGCGACGUGCGUACCGACCCCCCAGGCUCAGCCUCGCCCGACGACCAGAUGGCUAACGAGGGAAGUCGACAGUGGAAAUGCUUGGUAAUUGAUGAGACCUCCCAGAAGAUCCUCGACAAUGCCGUCAAGGAAGAUGAUAUCCUCAACAACAAUAUCGCCACCAUCGAACGCAUCGAGGACCGUCGCGAACCCAACCCCGACAUGGAUGCCAUAUACCUGCUCACCCCGCAGCCUCACAUCGUCGACUGCCUCCUCGCCGACUUUGACCGUCGACGCUACCGCAGGGCCUACUUGCUGUGGACCUCCCUCCUGAACCCCAACCUGCGGAGACGGCUCGACGACUUCCCAGCCAUCAGGCAACUGCGCGCAAGCUCCAAGACGCUCUUCAUCGAUUUUUAUCCCCGAGAAUCUCACCUCGUCACGUUUCGCGACCCCUGGAGCUUCCCGAUGCUCUACCAUCCGUCCUGCAACCCAUUGGUUCCCAAGCAUAUGCAAGCCAUGGCUCAGCGGGCAAGUCAAACGAUGCCCUGCAUUGCCGGCAUCUGCAUAACGCUGGGUGAAUACCCCAAAGUCCGAUAUUACCGGCCCAAGAACGCCUUCCAUGAGGCUUGCGUUCUAUCAUCACACCUCGCGAGGUUCGUGCAGGAGGAGCUGGACGGUUAUGCACAGUGGGAUCCCAAUUUCCCACCACCGUCGAACCGACCGCAGGCCAACCUCAUCAUCACCGACCGUUCCAUGGACCUCAUGGCCCCUCUGAUCCAUGAGUUUUCCUACCAGGCCAUGGCACAUGACGUCCUUCCCAUCAAGGAGGCCGACAAGGUAACCUUCCACACCACCAUCAACCAGGGCACGCGAGAGGAGGAGGAAAAGGAUAUGGAACUUGGCGAAAAGGACAAAAUAUGGGUGGAUAAUCGGCAUCGGCACAUGAAGGACACCAUCGACCAACUCAUGGGCGACUUUCAAAAGUUCCUUGACCAGAACCCCCACUUUACCGACGAAAACGCCGAUGCGACGAAUCUGGGCGCCAUCAGGGACAUGCUGGCGGGCCUCCCGCAGUUUCAGGAGAUGAAGGAAGCCUACUCGCUCCAUCUCACCAUGGCGCAGGAGUGCAUGAACAAGUUCCAGCACAACAAGCUGCUCGACAUUGCCUCGAUCGAGCAGACCCUGUCCACCGGGCUCGACGAAGAUUUUAGGAAACCGAAGAACAUGCUCGAGUCGACGGUGCGCCUGCUGGACGACGACGCCAUCAUGCCAUCCGAUCGUCUGCGUCUCAUCAUAACAUACAUUCUCUACCGUGGCGGUGUCAUCACGGAGGAUAUACAGAAGCUGCUGACGCACGCAUCCCUGCCACCCCAUGACGCAGAGGCGCUGACCAACAUGGAGCUCCUCGGCGGCAAAACAUCGCACGCCCUGAAGCAGCCGCGACAACCACUGCAGCCGCUGUUUCCCAUCGAUCCGAAGACGGCCCAGACGAGCGAGGAAUACAGCCUCUCUCGGUUCGAACCGGCGCUCAAGUCGAUGCUGGAAGCCCUCGUCAAGGGAACCUUGGACCAAGUCGUUUUCCCAUACGUGAAGCCCCCGCUGGACCCUAACGAGGACCUGCUGGCUGCACAGGGGGGCUCGCUGCGGGCAGGUCGGCCGAAUUGGGCUGCCGCUGGUCGCCGACCGCCGGAAAAUCGACAGCGCAUCAUCGUCUUCAUGGCGGGCGGAGCCACCUACAGCGAAAGCCGUGCCUGUUACGAAGUGAGCAGGGAACGGAGCCGAGACAUCGUUCUCGCCACUUCACACAUGCUCACGCCGCAGCUCUUCGUCCGUCAGGUGGCCGAUCUCAGCCGCGACAAGAGACAUCUUGACCUUCCCAUGGAGCGCCCCAAGCCUCGCGCUCCAGCACACCUCUUUGAGCGCCCCGCGCCACCCCCCGUCCGGCAUCCGUCGCCGGGCCACGGCGCGCCUCCGCGAACUGCGGCCGGUGCAGUCCCAGGGGGUCGAACCCUUCCGCCUCCUCCUGGAGGACUUCCCAACCGACCGGCCCCCCCGCCUGGGCCUGCCUUGCCGCCUACGCAGUCGAUGGCUUCCAUGAACCUCCACUCGGCGCCUCCCACUCUGGUGAAGAAGGAUGAUGGCAAGAAUCACAAGGAGAAGAAGCGCAGGAACUUUCUGGGUAUGAAGAAGUAG